AUGGAAAAUAAUAAACUAUUAUCAGAACCUGAGGGAGUUAAUUUAUAUAAUGCAAAAAUGAAAAAUAUAAGUAAUGAAAAUACAGGUAAUUAUAUGCUUAGUGAGAAUAAUUAUUUUCAAGACACGAAAGUGCAAAUAAAAAAGAAUCUUUUAGAAAGGUCAUCUAAAUUAUGUACCGUAGAAAAUAGAAUUAGAAAUAUAUCAAACGAAGAAAAGUUGAUGACACAAGGAAAUAAUCCUAACAUAUUUGUGGAUUCAUCUAUAGGGUUUAAUAAUAUGUAUAUAAAUAAUGUUCAAUCAACGGGUGUCGAAAAAAGAGAAGUAAAUAAUUUUGAUAUCAAUGAAAAUAAUGUUAGUAGUGAUAAUAAAGAAAAGAGUAUGAAUAUUGUUGAUAAUGAUAAUAAUAAAAAUUGUUAUACUUAUAGAAAUAGUGAUAUGCAUAAAAAUGAUAAUAGUAUUUCUAAUCACAUUGGUAACACUAGUAAUAUGAAUGAUGAAUAUAAAAUGAAGGUAACCAACAAUUAUGAAAGGAGUCAUUCCUCAUCAGAUGAUAAUAAUAAUAAUAAUAAUAAGGGUAAAUUUUAUAAUGAUCAUCAUCUUAACAUAAACAAUCAAAAUUAUUAUAAUAAAAAUAUGAACUCUUUUAAUAAUAUUAAUCCGAAUUACCUUGGAGCAUUAAAUGAAAAUAAAAAUUUCAUGUACACUCAAAAUAUGAAUAUUUCUAAAGAGAAGAAUGACGUUAUGUUGAAUGGAAGUAAUAAAAAAGAAGUUGAUUUUUAUAUAAAUGAAGAAGAACAAGAAAACAUGAUUAAUGAAAUUAUGAGUUAUGAGCAUUUCACAGGUGACAACAACAGCAAUAAUAAUAAUUUUAAUAAUAAUAAUAAUUACAAUAAUAAUAAUAAUAAUAAUAAUAAUGUUAGAAAUAAUUCUGUUCAUAAAAACAAAAAUGAUUGUAAUAAUUUCAUUUGUGUUGAGAAUAAUAAUAUGGGGCAUGUUAAUGAAAAAAUAUCACCUUCUUUAGAUAAUAAAAUGUAUACAUAUAGAGAUACCAUUGAAUAUCAUAAGGAUAUGAAGAAAAGUGGGGUGAACGCUCAUUCUGUUAUAAGUAAAGAAAGUGAUAUUAUUGGAAGUCUUAAAAACAAACUAGAGGAUCAAAAUCUUAUAGAUGAAGAAAAAAAUAUAAAUAAUUCAUUGAAUUCUUGUAUUACAUCAGAUAAUCCAUGGAAUGAUAAUUAUGAAAUGAAACUAGGAAAUAAUAAGUUGAACGAUAUGAAUGAUAGUUCCUCCAUAUCAAAUAAUCUAAAAGAGAACUUAAAAUAUCCAUUUAAUAAUUUUAACAAUUUUAAUGAUAUUAGUAUAAAUGAUAUUUCAAAGAAUGUUGAAAGAGACAUAUUUAUGAAUUCCCAUCAUAAUCAUUUACACAACAAAAAUGGAUCACCUGAUAAUAAUAACAAUAAAAACAAAAGUAAUGAUGAAGAUAACACAAAUGGUAAUAGUAAAAAUAAUAAUAAUAAUAAUGUGAUAGACAAAUAUCAAAAUAAUGAAAAAUGCCUGAACAAAUUGUCGUUAAAUCAUUACAGUGAUCAUUUAAACAAUUUUGAUGAUGAACGAAUGAAAAAAGAAGGAGAAGAAAUAUUAUUAAAUGAUAUGAAUGCAGUAGAAAAUAAAAAUAUGGAUAAUAAUAAUAUAGAAAAAGAAUCUUAUGAAUCCUAUAAUCUUAAAGAAGGGAAUUUAUUUAAAGAAUACAACUUAUCUGCUUUAAAUUGUGUAGACAAUCAUAGAAAUAUAUAUAAUAAAGAAAGUAAUGGUCCUAAUGUAUUAAAUAAUAAUGAGGAAGAACACAUGGAUGUUAGGGUUAUUCUGUCAAAAGGAAAUAAUAAUAUAAAUAGUAACAAUAAUAAUAAUAUAAAUAGUAACAAUAAUAAUAAUAUAAAUAGUAACAAUAAUAAUAAUAUAAAUAGUAACAACAAUAGUACUGUUAAUAAUAUAAGUAAUUGUGAUGAAAUGAAAAAUUAUCUUGUCGAAAGUUCAAAUAUUUUUAAGAAUAUCUCUUCAAAUUCAAAUAGUAAAGAUGAGAAAUAUAUACAAAUGCUUAUGAAGAAUUUUAAUAUAUAUUCAAAUGAUUUAUUAAAUUUUGAUUAUAAAAUAAAUAACGACCAUGAAGAUAAUAAAAAUAAAUACGACAACUUAAAUAAUAUAAUAUUUAAUUCUUAUUAUGAUAAUGAUUUGACAUUAAAUGUGAAUGAUAUGGAUCAAAAUUAUAACAAUAAUUUAUGUAAUAAUAUAAAUGCUGAUAGAAAAAAUAUGAAUGAUAAUGUGUAUUAUAAUAUGGCAUCAUUCUGUCAUGAAACAACACAAGAAGAAAAUGAUGACAAAUAUAAAGGUACUACCAAUCAUUUUGUAAAUGAAAUAAUGAUAGAUAAUGAGAUUAAAGAUAUAACACAUAUAAAUAAUAAUUAUGAUAUACAAAAAAAUGAAUAUAAUAACAAAAAUUGUUCCUAUAAAAUAACAAACAUAGAAGAAAAUAAAAUUGAAAAAAUAAAAAACACAGAGAACUAUUCAAAGAGUGUAAAUAAUCUUACUUGUAUUUAUAAUGAACUUAUAAAAAAUGAAAACCUUGAAGACAUUAAUCAUCAUGUUGAUGAAGAUGAUGACAAAUUUAAAAAAGAUAGUAGCGAGAAAAAUAAUAGUGUGAAUAAUUAUAAUUAUAUGUGUUGUUCUAAAGAAAAUCAGAAUGGUUUUAAAAAAGAGGAACAUGAAGAUUAUAAUAAUAUGAAUAAUGAUUAUAUUGACAAUAUUGUAAGUAAUAAUAAUAAAAAUAAAAAUGAAAUUAAUAAUGAUUGUAUAAUAAAUUAUAGUAAUAGUGGAACAACAAAUGCUAGCUGUAAUAAUAUUGUUGAUGGUAGUAAUAAUGAAAAUAUGCGUAAUAAUAGUAAUGUAGUUAAUAUGUUAAUAGAAGAGAAUUCUCUUUUUAAAGAUAAUGCAUUAAGCCAAAAAAGUUUAGAAAAUGAUAAUAAAAUAAAAAAUUAUGAUUCAAAUGAACAUUUAAUAGAUGAUAAUUUUAAUUUAUUUUUAAAUAAUGAAGAUGUGAAUUGUAAUAAAUUCUUUGCAACAAAUAAUAAAAAUAUGCAUAAUAAUGAAAAGAAAAAUUCUGAUGAAAAUAAUUAUUCUAAUGGAAAAGAUAUUUUCAAUCCUUUGGAAUAUGAUAAAUAUAAUAAUAAAAACGAAAUAUAUAAUUUAAAACAAGAUGAUGUUAAUAGUACUAUCACAAGUAAUGAUAAUAUGUCUAUGUUUUUUAGUACUAAUUCAUUUAGUGGGAAUAAUGAUUCUUUUAUGAAAUAUAUAAAAGGUUUUCUUGAAAAUAAUUAUAUAAAUGAUCAAAAAAAUUAUUUGAAUUUAUUUCAUAAAGGAAAGAAAGAAAAUAUGAACAACACUACUAUGGAUGAUAUAUCAUCAAUGUGUGAUGACAACUAUGUUAACAGUUUGAUGAAUGACAUAUUUAAAAGUAAUAAGCACGAAAAUGAAAAACAAAAUGGAAAACAAAAUGGAAAACAAAAUGAAAAUGAUAAAAAAAAACUAACAAAUAAUGAAAAAAAUAAUAUGAACGUAAAUAUGAAUAAUAUUCAAAGUAGUAAAAAUGAAAUAAGUAAUAAACCAAACCUCAAAACUGACCUAAAUAAUAAUAAUAGUAAUAAUAAUAAAAAUUUUUGUGAUAAUAAGGAAGAACAAUUUGAUACUCUUCAUAAUUUAAAUCAUAUGAACCCUAAAUCUAAUAGUUCCAUCCUAAAUUUAGACAAUUUAAAUGUUGUUUUAAAAAAAAAUGAUAACCCUAUUGAUUAUUAUAAAGUUUUUAAUUCUUUUCAUGAUAUAAAGAAAAAUGAACAUGGACUGAAUACAGAGAAUAAUGAAUUUAAUAAUAAAAGUUUUAUAUAUGAUGAUAUUAAUAAAUCUACAAUGUUUAAUAUGCCCAAAAUAAGAAAUGAUAAUGGUACUAAUAUUAUUAAUGGUUAUAAUAUAAAAAAAGAAGAGGUUACAAAUACAAGUACUUUGAAUUCUUCGAAUGUUCUUAAAUUGAAACACGAUAAUGAUCAUUAUAUUAAUAUGACGAAUGUUAAUAAGUUACCCUUAUUAUAUGAAAAUAAUAAUCAUCUUGAUAAUAUUUCUGAUGAUGAUCAAAAUAAAAGAAAAACAAUAUUAAACACGUUUGAUGAUAUAUAUUCUGUCAAUGAUGAUUCAGUGGAAAAUUCAUUAGGAUUACAUGGAAAAAAACAUAUGAUGACAGGAAAUGAAGAUUUUUUAUAUGUUCCAAAUAAAAUAAAAGAAAUGGUGCCUCAUGAUAAUUUCGACUAUAAUAAUGAACAGUUGAAAAAAGAUGAUAUGUAUAAUUAUGGAAUGAUAAAAAAUAAUACUAUAAAUGAUUUGAAUUUUAUAGAUAAAAUGAAUAGUCCAAAUGUAACAAAUAAAAAUAUGGAUAUAGAAACUACUCUGAAUAAUAAUAAUAAUAAUAAUAAUAAUAAUAAUAGUAAUAGUAAUAAUUAUGUAUAUAAUAUUUCAAUGAAUAAACAACUAUUCGAUGCUCUAAACAAUCAUAAUGAAAAGAUACAUACUUACAACCACAAAAAUAUACAUAAUAAUAAAGAACAAGAAGAUACAGUCUCAACAUUUUGUAAAAAUAAUAUAUUAAAUGAGAAUAAAAAUGAAACUUAUAUGAAUAAUAAACAGUUUAAUAGUAAGCAAGAGCAUAAUGAUAAUAUUAAAAAUUCACAUCAUAAUAAUAAUUUUAAUAGUAAGAAUAUUUCGAAUUUUUUGAAUGAAACUAAUGUACACAAUGUUUUUAAUUCAAAUGAUAAUAUUUUAAAUUAUUUGAAAGAACAAGAAAAUCAAAAUGAAGAAAGAGAAGAACAGCAUAUAUUAUCUCAAAAUAGAAAAAGCAGCCAAGAAAAAAAAAUAAGUUAUAAUAAAUUUCAUAAUUUUGAUUAUGUAAAUAAUUAUGAUUUAUCUAUAUCAUCCAUAAUGAAUAAUAAAGCUAAUAACAAUAAUGAUAUUAAUAGUGUGAACAAAAUGAAUGAUAUCAUAGAAAAAAUAGAUGGACAUAUAAAUAAUAACUAUUAUCAAAAUAAAGAAGGCGAUCAUCAAACAGAAAAGGAUAAAAGAAAGGAAAGAAAUAUAAACGAAUUACAAAAUAACGGUAUGAAUAAUAAUAAUAAUAAUAAUAUGAUUAAUAGUAUACAUUUAAAUAAAUUUGAUGAAAAAAUGAUAGAUCUCAUUCUAAAUAAUGGUAAUAAUAAAUGUACUCAAAAAGGAGAUGAUACUAAAAAUCGUAAAUUUAGUAAUGUAAUAAAUUUAAAUAAUAUUCAUUCAAAUGAUAAUAAUUCUUUAAAUAAUAAUAUUAAUAAUAGUUCUACUAAUUAUAUGUUAUAUGAUGUUUUAUCAGAACAAAAUAAUAAUAAUAUAAAAAACGAUAUACCAAAAAAUGAAAAUUAUAAUAAUGGAUAUUAUAACAAACAAAAUAUAUCUCCUUCUAAUAAUUCAUUGAAUGAUCGUAAUAAUAAUUAUUAUAAAAUGGAUUAUCGUAAUAAAAAAAAUAUUAACGCAAAUCGUAAUCUAACUAUGAACCUACCUAAUAUGAAUAAUAAUAAUAAUAUGAAAAAUUUGCCUAAUGGUAAUUUUGUGAAUAAUGAUAAUGUGAAAAGUUUUUUUAAAACAAACAAUAAUGAUAAUAAUAUUCAUAAUAAUAAUAUUAAUUGUAACAAUAAUCGUAAUAGUAAUAAUUUAAAUGACUAUCCUAUAAUAAUAGAUAAAAAUAAUAUGAACGUAAAAAAGGAGAAUACACAGAAUAAUAGUAAAAAGAUAAUGAUUGAUUUACACAAUAGUAGAAAUAGUGAUCUUAAUUUUAAUGAUAAAAAUUAUAAUUUAAAAAAUUAUUAUAUGCCUAAAGAAACUAUAUAUAAUGAUAUAGAACAUGCAUUAAAUGAUAUAAAAUCAAAAAAUGAAUAUAACACAAUUAAUGAUAAUAAUAAUAAUAAUAAUAAUAAUAUGUAUAGAAUGAAUUCUCCAAAUAUUAUAAAUUAUAACAAUAUCUUAGAAACUGAGAAAAUUAAAAAUAAUAAACAUUAUCAUAAUCAAACACAUCAUAUAAGAAAUUACAAUGAUAUGUCCAUAUCAAACAAUUAUGAUUUUAAAAUGAAAAAUCAUCCUGGUAGUAAUCACAUUAAUAAUAUGGGAAGUAAUAAUAUCAGUAUGUGUAGUAAUAAUAUAAGUGUGGGUAGUAGUAAUCCAAGUAAUUUGAAUCAUAAUAAUAAUAUGAAUACAUUGAAUCAUAUGAACAACAAUCAUAAUAAUAGUAUAAAUACAAUCAAUAAUAUGAAUAAUAACAAAAUGAAUCCACUACGAUCUAUUGAUUAUAAUUAUGCAAAGAGUAUUUCAACUAGAUGUGCUUCAGAUGCUACUAUAGUCGAUACAUAUAAUAUGAAUAACACACAUUUGAAAGUAAAAAAUAAUGGAAAUUUUUCAAAUUUUAUAGAUAAUCCAAAAAUAAUGGAUAAUAUUAAUAAUAAUAUUAAGUGUGUCAAUAAAUUAAAUGAAGAUAGUACUAGUACUAAUAAUGGAUUAAUAGAAAAAUUUAGAGGAAAUGAAAAAAUGAAAUAUGAUAUGAAAAUACAAAAUAAUAAUAGUAAUAAUUUCAAUCAUAAUAAUAAUCAUUAUAAUCUAAUUUAUGAUAAUAUGAAGAGUAGAGACAAAAUGAAUUUUAAAUAUAAAAAUUUUAAUAAUCAUUAUAUGGAAAAUAAAAAUUAUAUUCCUUAUGAUGAAAAAGAUAAAAUAGAUAAAAAUGAGAAUAAUAAAUAUAUGGAUAAAAUGAAUAAUAAUGUUCAUAUGAAAAAUUAUAACAACAAUAAUAGUAGUAAUUACAAUAGUAAUAAUAAUUAUUAUUAUGGUAAUAAUUAUAAUAAUAAUAAUAAUAAUAACAAUUACAACAAUUACAAUAAUAACAAUAAUAACAAUAAUAGCAGUAGUAGUAGUAAUGGUAGUGUAGUGGGAAUGAAAAAUAAUUAUCCAAAUAAUGAUGUUGUGUCAGAUAACUUUUUAGUUAUUAAAAAGUAUACAGCCAAAUAUGAAGUGCAAAUUGAUCCUUUUAAUGGGUUUGAUAUAGCCAAAAGAAUUAUAGGAUUAAAAGGUACUAACAUGAAAAAAAUAUGUAUUGAUACAGAUUGUAAACUUAGAUUAAGAGGUAGAGGUUCUGGUUAUUUAGAAGGCGAAGAAAAAAAAGAAGCAAAUGAAUCAUUACAUCUAUGUGUAUCUUGCCAAAAAUAUGAUCAUUAUGUACUAGCCAAAAAAUUAAUAGAACAAUUAUUAGUUAAAAUUUAUAUGGAUUAUGAUACUUGGUUAUUUAAUCAUGGAAAACCUUAUGCAAACCUAAAACCUAAAACGUAUGAAAAAUUCAUACCAUUAUUUAAAUUCCAACAAAAUUCAAAUCAAAAACAAAAUGUAAACCAAAUUUGA